AUGGGCGCUUCCGCGUCCAAACGGCUCGAAGCUUGGCGUCGCCACGGCGGCGGCGACUUUGAGUCGGUGCUGUCCAGCGGCGCAUACGCGCUCGUCGACGCGCGGUGGAUCGUCAAGUGCGCCAGGAAGGGCGGCGUCCUCAAGCACCGCCAGGCCCUAGGCAAAGAGGCCUUCAUCUCGUCCGCGUCCCUCAUCUGUCCUUGGGGCAGCCUGCCUGUCGUCGUGCUCUCCUGCCCGUGGCUGACCAAGGACCACCCAGACCCGGACGGGACACAGCUCCGCCGCGUCGCAAAGGCGCUCGAGUCCCUGCUGACUCACAGCCCAUACAAGCGGCUCGCCGUCUUCUGGGACUACCUCUCGCUCCACCAGCACCCCGACCCCGCCAAUGGCGGCAUGCGCACAGAGGCGGAGGACGCGCUCUUCAAGCAGGGACUGGACUGCCUCGGCACGCUCUACUCCCACCGAUACACAACUGUGCUGCGGCUGACCACCUUCCCGGACGGCCACAAGGCGGAGAACCAGCCCGAGGGGUCCAACGUGGCCGCAUACUUCGACCGCGGCUGGUGCUUCACCGAGAGCUGCAUGGCGAGCCUGACCAAGGACGACAAGAGAUCGCUCGACCUCGGCAGGAUGCGAGACGACACAGGAUACGACUACCAGGCCCUCAAAGCCGUAUGCGCUCAGGGCGGCUGCCGACGCCCGCCGCUGCUGCCGUCUCAGUUCGCGGCGGAGCUGGAGAGUAAGACCUUUGCGAACGGCACGGAUGACAUGCCGCUCGUGACGCGGCUGUACGAGGGCGCCUUCAUGGAGCAGAUUGGAAAGGCGACCAUGCUGUGCUACAGCAGCCUCGGUUGGGGCGACGCGGAGGCGGCGCAGCUGGCAGAAGUGAUCACGAGCGGUGCGGCGCCGAUGCUCGAGGAGCUCCACCUCGACGGCAACGAGAUUGGCGACGAGGGCUACAAGGCCCUGGCCGCCGCAAUCCGCAAGGACGGGGCCGCCCCACGCUUGUCGUUGGUCUCUGUGGAUAGCAAGCCGGCAGAACUGGUGGCCGCGUGCGAGGAUCGCGGCAUUUUGCUCUGA